ACUAUCAUAGUGUGAGUAAAAGGCCACAUCUAGCCACACCCGUGCGCUCAAAACAUAUUGGAAGGAGAUAAUACGUUGUAGCAUGUAAUGCGUAUUGCUACACACAAAUCCGACGUACAAAGUGUAUGGGCUGUUAACUACACAAAGGGCGUAUACUAGGUUUUGACAAAAGGUCAAAUUAACCGUUUUUGAGCCGAGGAUUGCAUCCUUAUCACCAAGAGAUGAAUCCUCAGCAUAUCCAUCAGAACAUGGGCUACUUGCCCCUGCUAGCUGAGGAAGGCUUGAAAGUAGUCAACAGCUACCAGGGCAGUGUCCACCUCCCUCCAGAUGACUAUCACCAGCCGCAGACCUCGGCCCAGCAGCAUUACAUGCCCCAUUAUCAGGUCCCGGGAGAUGGGUAUCCUCACCACCACCACCAUCCCCAUGAUCGGAUGCAAGGCAUGUACAUAGGACCUCCAGGGGUUGGAGGACCAGGAGGAGGAGCAGGCAGCAGUACCAGUGCUGCAGAUGACAUCAACCUACAUAGCUUUGAUGAUAACAGGGGAGGGCUGGUGACAUUCAACCAACCGCAGUACCUCCCAAAGACUACCGCCCCUCUGCCAGCUGAGCCUAAACCUAAGGAAAGGUCCAAGAAAAGCAAAGGUGGGCAGCCUAAGAAGAGGGCUCGGAACCCAGCAGCCUGGAAGAGGAACACCAACAAGAGGUUGCGCAAUUCAGGGCAGCCGUAUAUCAAUUCGAAUGGAUGCGUCAUGCCAGCUCGGAAGAUGAAGGAAUCGUGUAAGAACUGCAGGCAGCGAUGUCCUGAGAGGAUCAGCGAGGAGCAGAGGCAGGAGAUCUUUGAUGAUUAUUGGCAUAGUAACAAGGACUGGACCUACAGACGAAUGUACAUCAUCGAACAUGCUUUGCCUCAGCCUAUUCAGAGGAGACGAUCCAAGAGGGAUCUGGAUCAGAAAGCCCGCAGAAUCAGCUUCCAUUACCAUUUGACUUGCGAUGGCAUCAUGGAGAAGGUUUGCAAGAGAUUCUUUCUCAACACCCUUGCUGUUGGAGAGAAGUUUGUCAUCAUAUCACUGCAUAAAAAGACAGUUGAUGGGAAAGUGAUACCUGAUAGACGAGGUAGGCAUCCAGCUGCGAACCAAAUUCCCUACGACAUGAAGCAAGAGGCAAGGAGGCAUAUCCAGCUGAAUAUCUUGAAUAGACCGCAGGAACAGGUCAGCCUUCCAAAGAUGUAUGACUCGUAUGUUCAGGAGUGCGAGAUGCACCAGAGAACAACGGUCAAGAAGCACUUCUAUCGUAAGCUCAUGAAUGAAGAGCUUAGGAUAUCCCAGCAGAGAUUAGAGGGACCAGAUGAAGUGCGAAAUGAAGAGCGCCCUCUGGACUACACUCCUACGCCACAGGUCAGUGCUCUUGAGUGCCUCAUCAAAGAGCUCUGGCAGAAAGAACAAGAACGUAUCCGCAAUACCAAACCAAAAUGCAGCCUGAAAGACAAGUUGAAAGAGUACCAUGCCUUGAGAUUUGGGGGAAAGGAGUAUGUGAACUUCAAAGGUCAAGUUAGGCCAUCACGGAAGAUGAAAGAGCCUUGUGAGAAUUGCCAGAAAGCUUGCACAGAGCAUAUAACAGAAGAGCAAAGACAACACCUAUUUAACAACUUCUGGGAUCCUAAUAAAGACUGGACAGAAAAGAAGAAGUAUGUCCUCAGCUGUACAGAAUCAAGGCCUGUCAUCAAAUCUAGGAUAAGACUUAAGAGGGCUAGGGCUGCCACAAGGUUCGGCAGGCCUCACAGAUUCACUUAUUUCUUUGAGGUGGAUGGUAAGAAAGUACCCGUUUGUCGCAAGUAUUUUGUCAACACCCUUGGCCUUAGUCAUAAUUUCAUAGCUUCUUGUAUUGCAAAGCAGGAUGAAAAUGGUGAUUUUGAUCCAGCCAAGAGGAAGAAGUCUGGAACUCUUGCCAAGUUACCCCCUGCUGCAGCCCAAGAGAUCAGACAGCACAUCAUCUACAACUGCUGGGCAGAUCCAAAUAAGGGUAGAGAGUAUCAGACCCAUUCUUCAACCAGAGGAUGGUCAUGGAACGUCUCCAAGAUGUAUGCCGCUUAUCGUCAGUGUUGUUGGAUGCGAGGAACAAAGCCUGCAAGCACUUACAUGUACAGGAGGGUGUUCUGCGAGGAAAUGAAAAUUUUUGAGGAAAGUAAGAUGUUGACAGCAAGCACUCCGAGUUCAUCCACCAGGCUUGCUGGGAAGAAACAGGCAGAGAGUAAGUCUGGGAAGGCAGCCUCCAGUUCUUUAAAGCAAGCAACCGCUCAGGAAUUAUCUGCCACUACUUCUGCUGAUGGUCCAGAGGGUGACAUUCUGGAUAAUCAAGAUGAAAUGUCUAUGGAACCUACAGAUGCAGAAAAUGAUAAAGACUAUCAACCGUCAAGUGAAGAAGAAUAUGAUGAAGAUGAUGAUGAUGAUGAUGAAGAUUACACACCUCCAAAAAGGAAGGCUCAGGUUUCUGCUGGUCCUCAGUGCUCUGUGCCAGUAGUGCCUCCCGAACAGAUGCCAGAAACAUACGAUGGGGAAGAGAAAUUUGCAGAGGAGAAGGAUGAUGAACUGCUUGAAGAUUUUCCUUCAACCUCUGGGCAGGUUGAUCAUACCAAACCAAGGUAUCGUCCUAGUGACACAGCCGACAUGCGUUGUGCUGGUCAGACCUAUGUCAAUGACAAAGGCAACGUCAUCCCAGCCCGGAAGAUCAAGGAACCUUGCACAAACUGUCGCAAACAAUGCCUGGAACGUGUGCCACAGGAGAUGCGGGAAAAGAUCUUCAACAUGUUCUGGAGCAAGGAAAUGCCCUGGGAGAAGAAGCGUCAAUACAUGGAGGACUGCAUCGAAGAGACCGCCGUCAAGAAGCGAACACUCCCAGCUUCUCAGAUGAAGCUGACUCGCAAGGUGCACAUGAAAUACACACUCAAGUUGGGAGACUGGCAGGAGAAUGUGUGCAAACUUUUCUUCCUGAACACGCUUGGAAUCAGCCAGAAAUUUGCCAUUGUAUCUCUGAGAAAGCAGAAAGAACGGCUUCUACAGGAUGUUGAGAUUCCCCCUUUUGACCCAUCCGAUCCAGUCUCUCUUCCUGAUCCAGUCCCUCUUGCUCCAGUGCCAAGUGAAUCAACUCCUGCACCUACAGAUAAUGCAGAUAGUAGUUUUAGAGAUGUACUUUCCCAUCUGCUUCUAAUCCCUACAUCGAAUAUGUCUUAAUCAUAAAUUCUUCUGUCAGAUGUGUUCAGAGAAUGACUCUGCUAUGUCAUGUGACAGAUUAUUCAGGGGAGACAAAAAAAAAAUGCAUAGCUAAUGUUAUGAAAUAUCAUGUCAACAGUCAAUCGUCAAAUUCCUAAAACCGAUGAUUCAUGGGGAGAUCAGAAAAUUUCUAGACAAAAACAUGCAAUUACAGUCUGAUUACUUUAUUUUACAGGGCUCCACACUAAUCCUUUUUUCUACUGGUCCAACCAGUUCAUGUUGAACCGGUAGACAGCCAGUUUUUCCAUUUUUUACUGGUCUGAACCUAAAAUAUACUGUUCCUUCAAAACAUUAAAAAGACUUGAUUUUAUUGCCCCCCCCCAAAAAAAAAAAAAAAUAUGCAACAAACAGUACACUCACAAUAUAUAUUUCACAAGCGCCAUUACUCAGUUUUGGAGAGCCAUUCUUUAAGAUAACAGAGUCAUUUUUCAAUUCACAAAAGAGGAGAAAAUAUCACUUGUAUCAGUUUGAUAUAUAUUUUUACUGGUCAUGUCGGACCAGUAAAUCUGGCUAUUUCUAAAAAAGUUACUGGCCCGACAGCAAUUUUUACUGGUCUGGGACAGUCAGACCAGUGCCAGUGUCGUGCUCUGCUCUAUAUUACAAUGGUGAAAGUUCUAAAGCCAUGGAAGCUGGAUUUUUUUAUUUUUGUGAAAUGGCAUCUGGUUGCAUGUGACUAAAAAUAGAUGGAUUUUCAUCAAAUUUUAUGUUUCUUGUAUUUUCUGCUGAAAAUAAAACCAACUUGAUGUUAGGGUAAACUACUAUAUCUUCCAUCUUUUGGAGGGAAUGAAUUAGUAUCAAAGUUUAUAUUAUAUCCAAGUCUCCAAGUUCCAACUUUGGCACCAGAUUUUUUUUUUUGAAGGCAAAUCAUCAAGUUCAUAUCUGGUGCUUGGAAGAGAAUGGCCUGAAUUCUAAAGUUCAUUUUUAAUUAGACCCUGGUCUACCUGUAUGGUUUGUGUGUGUUCGCUUGGUAUUCACCCCAUGCACCAUUGGGGGAGAAGACUAUUUUAGUUGUUGACAGACAUAAAUCAUUUGAUAAAUUAAAGUUAUGAAAAUCACAAAACCAAUUUUCAAGUGAUAUUGAUAUUUCCAUGCCAUUGCCAGUUCAUAAAGCUGAGCAAUUGACUUUUGGGUUGAGUUUUACCAUUGAUCAUACAAACAUGUGAGCAAUAGAUCGUGUCAAGAUGGGUAGGGGAAUGAUUUAUUUCAAUUUUAAGAACACAUGUAAAUAUCUGUUAAGGUAGCAAUGUAUAAACAAAUAGUUCCUGUCGCAAGUCUACGCUGAUUGUGCCAAAUUUUAACAUUAUUCUUGCCCUUUAUUCAUUUGAAUUGAUGAAAAACUGCAAUUAUUUUGAAACCUUUCUUGACACUUUUAUUUCUAUUUUCUAACCAUCUCAAAAUUGUGUCAUGCAUUAUGAACAUGCAAUACUGUGUGUAACAGAACUGAGUAUAUUUACCUUAUUAAAAAACAAAAUCUUACAUUAUAUUGAUUUGAAAUUCAUUUUCUAUGAAGGGACAUUGUCUGAAUUUUCCUACCUUUCUCUGUUUUUAUAUGAAUUUGUUUUAUGUUGAAAUAUAUGCUCAGUAUACCAUGAUAGUUUACUUUUCUGUUGCAAUAUUAAUGAGCAUGUCUAGAGGUAUGAAUUUGCUUUCUUUCUACACAUUUUGCACUUUUGUAUGAUAUUCUUGAUUCAUUCACUGUUAAUCUACAAGCAUUUAUUAUUCAGUGUACAUUUUAGUCAUAAUGUAAAUUUGCUUUGAGAACAAGUUAAGAGUAAUCCAACAUUGUCUUUACACUGACUACCGUCAUGGUAACAUAAAAAAACAUUGGCAGUUAAACUUCUCCAAAGUUCAAAAUCUUGUUUCCUGUAUAGAGGCUGGGAGGUCGUCAUAGAAUAGGCAUAUUUUGGAGAUCAGGGACAGAUUUUUUAGAUAGUAUAUUGAUACUAUGGUAAGCCAGUUAUGUCAUAAUUUGUUUAUCUAGGAGGCGUGCCUGAGCAUCUUCCUCAUGAGCUUUAUGUUGACCUGUGUUUGAAUCAUUGAUUUAACACACAAACAAUAAACGAGAGUUGUAUUGGUCUUUCCAUAGUUCAAAAAACAAAGUUCCCAAAACUGAAGAAAAUAAGAGGCAUUUUCUGGAAUUUUAAAAUAGUUUUCUUUUGUCUACACACUUCCUGAAGUAAAAUCAAUAAUGCAAGUGAAAAGCGUGAACUGUUUACCUACAAAAUGCGGCAAACAAUCAUUUAAAAAUGAAUAUUGAAACUUGUUUCAUGGAAACAUUAUUUCUUACACUACUACAUUACAUUAUCAUCAUUAUUAUUAUUAAUUUAUUGUGUUCAUU